UUUAUUUCCCCAGAUUACCGCUUACAAGUCAUCCAUAGUAGACUCUACUGCAAACGUGUUGAGGAAACGAGUGAACUACACCUUUAAUAUAUUUUUACUCUGAAAAAGAAAGUUUGUUUAUAUAGCACCUUUUAAGAUUAAAACCACAAGGUGAUUUGCAAGCACAAAAAUAAUGGAAAUUUUCAAAAAAUAAACUAAAUAAUAUUGAAUAAAAAUGAAAAAGAUAACUACUUUUAAUUUGAAAUACUCUAUAGGAAAACAGGGUUAAAGCAAGAGUCCAGCUUUUGAAAAAAAGAUUAGUUCCUUCCAGUUAUUCAUUAAACUAUGACAGGGUUCUGUUCCUGCAGGUUGGCUCAUUUCUGCUGAAAAUACCGAAAUGACAUCACUCGAUUUUGCCAUGUCUUUGUUUGGUGCGUCUCAUGGCCACGCCCUCCUGUCAGCGCCACCAUAAAACACCAGGAUUUGCGCGUCAGUUAACGUCCAGUCCGUGUGGAUAACAGGUGCACUUCAGCUCCUCUCCGUCUCACUGGAGGAUGCCACUGAGCGCCGCGCGUCGCUUUGCGCACGGCUUUCUCUUGUUUCUUGAGCUUUUCCAACCAUAAAAGAUGCCUUUUCCUCCCAUCAGCCUCCAGCAGCGGAUAACCUCCCCUGGCAGGGAACUGUUUGGAAAAAAGGGAACCAAUGGACAGCCUCCUAAGACGGAACACACCGGAAAAGCGGCGGGAGAGAAACCGGGGUCCGACAGACAGUCCACUUCUUGGGCAUCGGCGAAUUUAAGAAAUCUGGGUAGAAAAACGCGGCAGGAGAAGAGCAAAAGCCAAGUUCAAAAGCCCGGUUCCGGGCAGGAGACUCAGGAAAAAUCCUCCUGGCUGUCGGUACCCAAACCUCAGGAUUCCCACCAAGGAGUCAGGCGCUCCAGCUCAAUGGACUCGGCCAGACACCUGCAGCCCAAAGACGAGGGGAAGAAGGAGAUUCAGUUUACCCUCAGCCUCACACCAGAAGCUAUUCUUGUCAUCCAGAAACGGAAUCUAGAAAAACAGAUGAUGGCAAAGCAGCAGAAGUGCUGCGCCUCAGCCGACUUUCGGCACCGGCGAGUUUUCCCGUCCAAAAAGGCGCACGGAGGCUCCAAGAGCUGCGCGCCUGGUUCCAAGGCGGACAGCGCCGAGCAGGACAUCACAGCUAUUGUUAAGAUUUCUCUGCUGAACGACCAGCACAAGUACGACGAUGUGGAGUACGAAGAGGAGGACGGAGACGUGGAUGAAACUGUUGUGAGGAAGUGUAAGGAGUGGCUGAAAGGCGUCGAGAAUGCUGCUGCUUUGGGAAAAGCAGACAAACUUCCUGCACUUCCGCACAUUAAAGGCUGCUGACAGCAAUUAUUUUUUAAUUUUUUUUUGGAUGAGUGACUUGUCUGGGCCUGUUGCAUCAAAAUGUUUGAAUUAUCAUUCCAAAAGAUUGUUUAUUAGACGUUAUUUGUUAUUUAUUGUUAUUUUAACUUGCAUCAACAAAAGCAGGGCUGACUUGGAUGCACUUGAUCCUUGUUGUUCGACUGGACUUUGCAUUGCAAAAGAAAGGCCAAUUCAAUGCUGCUGUUCUUCCGAGUUUCCGUCUCUUCCUUUGCACAUGGAUUUGUUUUCAGUGGCGUGCCUGAGGAUUGGCUGAGGAGGGGCCGUGUAAAGGCACGCUGAACCCUCCCUUUGUGUUGGAGAACAAUAAACUGAAAACAAAACUGGGUUGUUUAUUCUCCCCUCUAAUAAAUAAGAGAUCCAUCUCAGAUGUACUGACAUUUACUGAACAUUUGCUCUGGAAAGUAUUUUGAAGCCAUUUGAUUUAAUUAUUUUUGUGCUCGCUGAACAUUUGACAUAAUUGAAAGCUGGUUCUGCAGCUUAUAUUUGGUCAUUGAGAUUGUUUCCUUUGUGUCUCGUGGCUGUCUUCCCAGACGGUGUUUUAAAGGCUCUUUGCUCCCACCCCACAGCUACCUGGGGCCAUUUGGGCAUUAGUGUCUUAAGCUUCUUAGAUUUUGUUUUAAGCAGUGUUCACCAUGCUGGAUCUCUUCAGGAAAUUACCUCUUCCUCAUUUCGUACACAAACAUUCAAAUUUAAACGUUUUUACCUUCAAUUGCUCAGGAAAAGUAGAACAUGAUAAAAGAAACAAAUGCAUUCCAUAAAAUAGGAAAAACACUGAAUUAAAGCCAUAAAAAAGAAUAUUUGGUUUAUUUGCUUCAUCUUCUUUAAUAAAACAGGAAAUCAAUACCUAUUCAUGGUCACCAACCCAUUUCCAUCGAGUGUGUGUGUUGUGGAGGUCCCCACAGUAAUUGUAGUCCUUUGUUCUUCGUAGCUUGGCAACUGGCAUUUUACACAGAUUGUGGUCAACUUUAGGCAGUCAGAAUGAGUUAAGACUGCAUUUGACACCAGCAACAUUUUGAAAUAACCCUUGAAAUCUCUCAGGUAAUACUUGCAAGCUGCAGAAAUGCACCUUUCACGUCUUCAGAGUUGCUUCCAUGAGCGUGAAAUGCAAACAUCUGCACUGGUUCUGGGUUUUAGACUGGGUUCUGGUUUUUUAUCAUCCGAAUGUUCAGUUUUACCCUGCGGAUGUCUCGAGAAGCAAUAAAGGAAUCAGACAUCGAGAUCAAUGAGUUGCAAUGAAAUAUCUCUUACUCAGCAUCACAAGAAAUGUUAUUGUUGCAUGUUCCAGGCUGUUGGGCCACUACAGUGUGUACCAGGGCCUGUUUGGUUCUCCACAGCUCCUCUAGUGAUACGAUCAGCUGGCUCUGUGACCAAAAGUUGUGUAAUUCUCUCUUGUAUUGUGUCGUUUCAAUCGCAGCCUUGUUUAUGUGCCUCUGUCUGGGAUUCUUUGCUGCCUGAUUUGGGCCUGAAGCCAAACUCUUCAUGACUCGUCUUCAUUCAAAUCAGCUGGAUCUGGUUCUGUUGCAAGUAGAAACAUUCUUUAAAAAUGCCCUUUAGGGUUACUUCCACUUGAGGAUGAUAAAUCUGCACCUACGCUGUAAGUUUUGCUUUUCUGUUCUAUUUUAUUUCAAUUUCAGACACAAACUUUGCUUCUUUUCUGAGUUACUUAAUGUUUUAAGUUUUUAUUUUUGUCUACAACAAUAAUCAAAUCUUUUUUUGUUCUUGUUUCAAUAAAAAAUAAGUUAUUACAACCA